AUGGUGAGAAGCGAUAUCGCACAAGCAGGCCAAGGGCGUUACGGAGCCGGGCUGGAUGACUGCAGAACGGUAGAACGAGGGCGAGGGCGAAAUGGACAAGCUACCUUAAGCGCUGCCUUGGACCAUGGCUCUCGGUUGCGUGCGGUACAGAGCAGGAAAGUCGAAACGAGAAGCUGUGGUGACAGAGGGGAAGCUUUCGCCAAGCAGGGAAAGCGACUUCCUAAGCAGGUGCUCCAACAGCAACGCAAACGAGCCGCUCCAAAAUGCGCGGCUGGUGUGGUUAUCCGAAUUCCAAGAAGGACGGAGGAGUUCAGAGAAGAAUGGACGGCGAUGUGCGGAGUUGCGGUGCCGUGGUGGUCGAGUCGGAGGUUAUCGGCGCUGGUGUCAUCCGCUCAAUGGUUGUUGAGCCUCGUGAUCGUCGACAAGUACCCUUCCGUCAUCGAGUCACCUGGGUGGGCCAACAGAAUGGACUGA